AUGAACUUUAAUAAUAUUACAAGUAAAAUACUUUUCUUUAGACUUCUGUCAAAACGAUUUUCUACAAAAAUACCUGCAGCGCCAGUUGUUACGUUGGAAAAUCGACAAAGUCCUAAGUUGAAAGUUGACUCAAACACUAUAGCUCUUUUAGAGAGACUUUCUUUAGUUAAAUGUAAUAAUAUAGAGGGAGUGGAAGUAUUAGAAGAUUCUAUAUCAUUUGCUGACAAAAUCCUUCAUAUAAAUACAGACAAUGUCGAACCGUUAUAUUCAGUUUUAGAAAACGAAAAUCUUAGCCUUCGUUUUGAUAAAGUAACACAAGGAAACUGUCAAACAGACAUACUUAAAAAUGCUACAGUAACGGAAGAUGAUUACUUUGUUGCACCACCAGGCAACAUUCCCUUACAUGAAGUAAAUGAUAAUGAAUGUAACCAGUCUUUAAAGGAAAAUGAGAACUGA